AAAAUCUCGGUUUUCCUGAGAAAACGAAAUCAGAAAAAGAAAGAAGCGCUGGGAGAGAUGUUUUCCUUUAGGUCCGUAGUGCGUGGCCAGCUGAGACCGUCGGCGGUUGUGUUGCAUUCUUCAUUUUACUCUUCCUUAUCGUCUGCAGCUGCAGUUCAAGCUGAGAGAACAAUCGCACAAGGCCCCAGAAAUGACUGGACCCGCGACGAGAUCAAGGGCGUCUACGGCUCUCCUGUUCUCGAUCUCCUUUUUCACGGAGCUCAAGUUCAUAGGCACGCUCAUAAUUUUAGGGAAGUGCAGCAGUGUACUCUCCUCUCUAUAAAGACUGGUGGAUGUAGUGAGGAUUGCUCAUAUUGUCCUCAAUCCUCCCGGUAUAACACAGGACUCAAGGCCCAAAAGCUUAUGACAAAGGAUGCUGUCAUGGAAGCAGCACAGAGGGCAAAAGAGGCUGGAAGCACACGGUUUUGCAUGGGUGCUGCCUGGAGGGAUACAAUAGGAAGAAAGACAAACUUUAACCAGAUCCUUGAAUAUGUAAAAGACAUAAGGGGUAUGGGAAUGGAAGUCUGCUGCACCUUAGGCAUGAUAGAAAAGCAACAAGCUUUGAAACUCAAAGAAGCAGGCCUGACAGCUUAUAAUCACAAUCUUGACACCUCAAGGGAAUAUUACCCGAAUAUCAUUACCACAAGGACCUAUGAUGAACGCUUGGAAACCAUUAAGCAUGUCCGGGAUGCGGGAAUUAAUGUGUGUUCAGGAGGAAUAAUAGGACUUGGAGAAGCAGAGGAGGAUCGAGUUGGUUUGCUGCAUACAUUAGCAACACUCCCAACUCACCCAGAAAGCGUCCCCAUCAAUGCAUUGGUUUCAGUGAAAGGAACACCUCUUCAAGAUCAAAAGCCGGUUGAAAUCUGGGAGAUGAUACGGAUGAUUGCCACAGCACGUAUAGUCAUGCCAAAUGCAAUGGUCAGAUUGUCAGCUGGCAGAGUUAGGUUCUCUAUGCCCGAGCAGGCAUUGUGUUUUCUUGCCGGGGCAAAUUCAAUAUUCACUGGGGAGAAGCUAUUGACUACACCGAACAACGAUUUUGAUGCUGAUCAACUCAUGUUCAAGAUGCUUGGUUUGAUUCCAAAAGCUCCUAGUUUCUCUGAUGAACCAGCAAACGCAGCGUGUGAGGCAGAUGCUUGUGAGGUAGCUGUUUCCAGUUCAGGCUGAAAAUGCUAAUACAAGUGUCGGUCUGUAAUUUCUUACAUUUUUCAUCUUUAGUUUUUUGCUGAAAAAAGUACUCAAAAUGAAUUCACUCUGCAAAUAAAAGCGAACCUUAGCCUUUUAUUAUUA